CCUCCCUCUGCAGAGCUCCCGGUUCCUUAGAAACCAGGCGGCGCGUUCCCGGUGGCGGCGCGCUCGACUCCGGGGUCCGCGCGUCCCCGUCUGCCUCCCUCUCCGUGGGCUGCGGGUGUCGGGGCGGGCCGUGGGUGGCAGCCGAGACCCGUCGGGAUUCAUGGUGUCCGGUGCGACGCGGAGCGGGCGAUGCCAGCGUGCCAGGAGCCAUGCCUGACCAGGUGCCGGGGAAGGUCGUGUUCCGGCAGGAGGCCCUCGUGAGGAGAUGAGCUGGUGAGCGGGGCGGCCGGCAUGAAGACGCUGCCAGGAGUGGGCGUGUUCGGGACGGGCAGCUCGGCCCGAGUCCUGGUGCCACUGCUGCAGGCCGAGGGCUUCACCGUGGAGGCCCUGUGGGGCAAGACGGAGGAGGAGGCGAAGCAGCUGGCCGAGGAGAUGAACAUCACCUUCUACACCAGCCGCACCGACGACGUCCUGCUGCAUCAAGAUGUGGACCUAGUGUGCGUCAACAUCCCGCCGCCGCUCACCCGGCAGAUCGCAGUGAAGGCGCUAGGUAUUGGGAAGAACGUGGUGUGUGAGAAGGCCGCCACCUCGGUGGAUGCCUUCCGCAUGGUGACGGCCUCACGCUACUACCCGCAGCUCAUGAGCCUGGUGGGCAACGUGCUGCGCUUCCUGCCCGCCUUCGUGCGCAUGAAGCAGCUGAUCGCCGAGCACUACGUGGGCGCCGUGCUCAUCUGCGACGCGCGCGUCUACUCGGGCAGCCUGCUGAGCCCCAGCUACGGCUGGGUGUGCGACGAGCUCAUGGGCGGCGGGGGCCUGCACACCAUGGGCACCUACAUCGUGGACCUGCUCACGCACCUCACAGGCCGCCGGGCCGAGAAGGUGCACGGGCUGCUCAAGACUUUCGUGCGGCAGAACGCGGCCAUCCGGGGCAUCCGGCACGUCACCAGCGACGACUUCUGCUUCUUCCAGAUGCUCAUGGGCGGCGGCGUGUGCGGCACCGUCACGCUCAACUUCAACAUGCCCGGCGCCUUCGUGCACGAGGUCAUGGUGGUGGGCUCGGCCGGGCGCCUGGUGGCCCGGGGCGCCGACCUCUACGGCCAGAAGAACUCGGCCAGCCAGGAGGAGCUGCUCCUGCGGGACUCGCUGGCCGUGGGCGCGGAGCUGCCCGAGCGGGGGUCCCAGGACGUCCCGCUGCUCUACCUGAAGGGCAUGGUGUACAUGGUGCAGGCCCUGCGCCGCUCCUUCCAGGGCCAGGGCGACCGCCGCACGUGGGACCACAGCCCCGUGGCCAUGGCCGCCUCCUUCGAGGACGGGCUGUACAUGCAGAGCGUGGUAGACGCCAUCAAACGGUCCAGCCGCACGGGGGAGUGGGAGCAGGUGGAGGUGCUGACGGAGGAGCCGGAUGCCAACCAGAACCUGUGCGAGGCACUGCAGCGGAAUAACCUGUGAGCCCGAAGGCCCCCGGCAGGCAUCCUCGGGCGGCGGGCUGACUCCUCAGACUUGCUGAAUGAGAUGGUAGC